CAGGAAAUGAAUAGUGGUUUAAGGGUUUGCACUUUGUUCAGAAACCUGACAUGCAAGACAUGAAAAAUAUAAUUUUCUUCUGUGUACUUUGGAUCAUAAAUAUACAAAUCACUUCCAGUGAUGAAUCAAUUCAAGGAUCUUCUGAUCUGCUGAGAGUUCAGAAGGGAGAAAACAUCAGUCUGAAAUACAACAUGAGCAACCGAAAAGAAAUCGCCUGGUAUCACCUCAGAGCCAACCGAUUCAAUCUACUGAUUUCUGCACAGACUGACAUAACUGGGAGAAAAUUUCUGACCACCUACAAUCCAAACCGGACUCGUCUGAAAAUCUCUACAGACCCAUGGAUCACCAGAGCCACGCUAGAGAUUUCUGGAGUAACCGAGUCAGAUUCAGGUCUUUAUUUCUGUGGAACGAAGUCGGACACUACCGAGAUGCACUUCGAUCGACCCAUCAGACUAGAGAUCGAGGGUCAACAAGCCGAGGAUCGGUGCACUGAACUGCCAAAAGAAGCUGACAACACAGAUGAGGUGACGCUGACGGAGCGUGUGCUGAUGUUUGGUGGUGUUGGGCUGGCUAUUCUUGUGUUUUUUCUGGCUACAGUCAUUGCUGGAAGAAUCAUUCACUAUCGCGGCUGGCAGAAAGGAUGGAGCACAGCCAAACGCUCAUCUAGGAUUCAUCACAAAUCAGCUAAAUAACACAUUUAUGUGCUUUAUUUUCAAGUCUCAAUAUGUCUGAACCUUGCACUGCCAGUAAAAUAUGCAAUGAUGUAGCUAACCACAAACUGAAACGGAGGUCAUUGGCUCAGAUGUGUUUUCCUGUCGGCUAGAUACUUUCACUUUAAAAAAGCUGAGAUAUUGUGGCAAAAGUUACCUUUUUCAGCACCAGUAAAAACUAAAUUCAGUUUUUCUAAAAGAACUUUGUCUUUUUAACUUAAUAAUGAUAAUAAUAAUUAUAAUAAUCAUAAUAAAGUCUAUUUUAUAUAGCCCCUUUCUGAAAACUCAAAGUGGCUUUACAAUAUCAAAACAGAUAAACAUGACAGCAUACAAAAAUAAAUAAAUAAAAAUACAGAUAAACAUGAAAUCAAUGGCAUGAAUCAGAUUGUGCAGCCAGAGUUAAGAGAAACAAGAAAGGAAAAGAUAUGUUUUAAGGUGGGUUUAAUGAAUUCGUUGUAGGUUGUCCUUGAGUGUCAUCUACGGCGUCUAUUGGAGCGUGUCCAGAGCAUUUUAGGGGGGGGGGGG